AUGAAAAGAAUUUGGAUAAGUGUCCUUGUUUGGUUGGCAUACUUGACAGCAGAUUCGGUGGCAACUGUUGCCUUGGGCACCCUCGCCCGCAGCCAAGGAAAUCUUGAAGAUAAUUCUUUGGAAUCAAACAACGUACUUAAAGCAUUUUGGGCGCCGUUCCUUCUCUUGCAUCUUGGUGGCCCGGAUACUAUCACAGCUUACUCUUUAGAAGACAAUGAGUUGUGGUUAAGGCACUUACAUGGGCUUGUAGUCCAAGUUGGAGUAGCAUUUAUCAUCUUCGUCCGAUACUCCUGGGACAACAAUACAACUUUUAGAUUCCUAACCAUUCCAGUAUUUAUCACUGGAGUUAUCAAGUAUGGAGAAAGGACUUUUGUGCUUCGGUCUUCAAGUGCUAAGCAAUUUAAAGAUUCUUUGCGCUCAUCUCCACCUAAAACUGGUCGUGGAGAGAAGUUGCACCAUAAGGAAUCAACAACAGUAGUAGCUGUGUCAAACGAUGAAGGCACUAGUCCGAAGGAUUAUUAUUUGGUUGAGGCCAAUAUGUUAUUCAAGAGAUUAAGGUGUCUCUUUGCAGACUUACUUCUUGAUCAUAAUGACCGAAAGGAGAGCUACUCUUUCAUUCACAGCAAGUCAGCUACACAUGCCUUCAAAUUGGUGGCCGUUGAGCUUGGAUUAAUGUAUGAUCUGCUCUACACCAAGGCAAACAUGAUUUAUUCCAGAUUCGGAAUCUUUCUUCGUUGCUUUUGCUUCUUCUCCAAUGUUUCUGUAUCGGUUGUCUUCUUAUUCUUCAUUGAUAAACAUGCAUAUUCAUCAAUCGAUAUCUCCAUAACUUAUGUACUCCUGCUCGGUGCUGUUUUUCUGGAGGUUUAUGCGUUUAUCAUGCUUCUGUUUUCUGACUGGACAAAAGUUUGGUUGACCAAGCGUAUAUUUACUUCCGGUGGUAAUUUGGUUUCCAAUGUUUUACUUUCGACCAACAGUAGGAGGUGGUCAGAGUCCAUGGGUCAGUACAACUUUUUAAGUUUGUGUGUGGAAGAGAUAUCAUCCAAACCUAUUAGAGUUCCGAAGUUAUUUGGCAUCAAAGAAAUUUUAGAGAAGUUUCAUUAUUUGACUUGGGAGGAUGUGAAUAUUGAUCUACAAGAAAUGAUCUUCAAGAAGAUCAUGGAGAACAGCAAGAAAAUUGAAGGUGAUCAUUUCAAUAUCAAGCGAUGCAAAAAAUUGUUAGCUCAGAGAGGUGAUAAUGCAUUAGCAAAUAGAGGUAGGAUAUUUCCUUUUCCGUUUUCUUUUCUUGAUAACUUUCGUUGGUGUACAAUUGAUGUAGACUUUGAUCAUAGCCUUCUUGUUUGGCACAUUGCCACUGAUAUUUGUUAUCAUGUUGAUUAUGGUGACAACGGAGAUGAUGAUAAUGGAAUUCCUGUAAAUUGUAAAAUGAGCAAGCGACUAUCGGAUUAUAUGUUGUAUUUGUUAGUUAUGUGUCCAAAUAUGUUGCCCAAAGGGAUUGGUGAAAUAAGGUAUAAGGAAACUUGUGCAGAGGCUCUGAGAUUCUUUGAAAAAGAAAUGAAGAAGCAAAAUAUGUCUAAUAUUUCAAAAAAUGAAGCCUGUGGUAUGUUGCUUAAUGUGAGGGACAAACCUGGAAGUUUAUCUGUGCUAUAUAGUGGAAGUAGACUGGCCAAGCAAUUGCAAGAAUUGAAAUCUGGAUAUUAUGUUGGGAGGAAAGAAGAGGUAUGGAAGAUGAUAAGUGAAGUAUGGACAGAAAUGUUGACAUAUGCUGCAAAUAGUUGCGGAUGGAAAGAGCAUGGAAAACAACUUAUCAAAGGUGGGGAGUUGCUCACUCAUAUAUGUGUUCUUAUGGCACAUUUGGGCUUGAGUGAACAAUAUCAACAACAAAAUGUGAUCGAUCCAUCGCAAGGGUCAAACCGGCCGAAGGAUUUCUUUCUUGAGAAAUCUUCCAAAGCUGAAAAAGAACUAGGUUUUGGUCAGCAAUAUUUAUUGCCUGAACAAGAUCAAGGUUUUGGGGACCGGCACUUCCAGCAUGAGAAAAACCUAUCAACUUCUCGGCUCUUUGGCUCUCGCUGA